CACCAAAGUCAGGUUUUUUCAGGUACCCAUCAAGGCAAAUAACCUCUUUUCGCUUUCAGCAUUUGCUUUUGGUUUCUGGGGUUGUGCUCUUUAAGUUGCUCGUAUUGGUUUUUCGAAAUUACCAAUGCUAUGUUGCACCAAACGAUUGGGAAUCUUCAGCUUCUUAGCAAUUCUGGAACUCACUGCAGAAUUGGGAACAAUUCAGUAAGGUUGCUUCCUAAAGGUUUUAAGUUGGAAGUUGAGUUCUCAAAGAGAGGGACUUAUAGUUCAGGAGAGAGGAAAUUCGGUGUUAUUCGAGCGUCGGCAUCUCAGACCUCUGUUGUUGAUCCUAUUUUAGCUCCCUCCAAUAAUGGCCCCCAUGAAUCUCACAAGAAAUCGAAUGAGGCUGCUUUGAUACUCAUUCGCCAUGGUGAGUCUUUAUGGAACGAGAAAAACCUUUUUACAGGUUGUGUUGAUGUGCCCUUAACUAAGAAGGGAGUGGAAGAAGCAAUUGAAGCUGGAAAGAGAAUUAGCAACAUACCUGUCGACAUGAUAUACACAUCUUCACUAAUUCGUGCACAAAUGACUGCUAUGCUAGCCAUGACUCAGCACCGUUGCAAGAAGGUGCCAAUUAUCAUUCAUAGUGAGAGUGAGCAAGCAAAGGCAUGGAGUGAAAUAUACAGUGAAGACACUAUAAACCAAUCGAUUCCUGUUGUAGCGGCUUGGCAAAUGAAUGAAAGAAUGUAUGGAGAACUACAAGGUCUGAAUAAACAGGAAACCGCAGAUAGAUUUGGGAAGGAAAAAGUUCAUGAGUGGCGUAGAAGUUAUGAUAUACCUCCACCAAAUGGCGAGAGUUUGGAAAUGUGUGCUCAAAGAGCUGUUGCAUAUUUCAAAGAUAAUAUUGAACCCCAACUUCUAUCCGGAAAGAAUGUCAUGAUUUCUGCCCAUGGGAAUUCAUUAAGGUCCAUCAUUAUGUAUCUUGACAAAUUAACCUCCCAGGAGGUUAUUAGUUUAGAACUAUCAACUGGAAUACCUAUGCUUUACAUAUUUAAAGAGGGAAAGUUCAUUAGGAGAGGAAGUCCAGUAGCACCAACAGAGGCUGGAGUCUAUGCUUAUACUAGGAGGUUGGCUCAAUACAGACAGAAAUUAGACGAGAUGUUGCAUUGACAUGUCCUUAAAGCAUAGAGGUAACAUCAAAUUAUGGGCUUC